GCACUGAGGACGCGCCUGAAGGAGUUGAGGAAGUUAGGGGUCGUGGACGCGGCUAUCUACGGCACCAAGAGGCAGCUGUGGGAGAGACUUGUCAAGUGCGAACACCAGUUGGACGAGAGGAUGAAGGUCAAGGAGGCGCUGGAAGAACGUCAACGACGACUUCGAGAAGGCGUGGACCCUGAGGUGCCGAGGACGCUGAAGAUCCCUGAGAGGCCAGAUGAGGAGACUGUGAGGCAACACGAGCUCACCCAUGCGAGGUUCGAGCCAUGGUGUCUGGAGUGUGUGUUUGGAAAGGGAGAUGCUGCACCUCAUCGUGGAGUCCAGUUUCUCACAGACAAGGAGCCAGAGGUACCCGUCGUGCAGAUAGACUACCAUUUCCUGAAGGACGAUGGCGAGGAGACGGAGGAUGCGGCCAACAGAUUCUCCACCACGCUGGCCGUCAUCGACUGCGACACAGGCGUCCCUCUGCAGCUCAGCCUCCCCGAGAAGGGAGGCAAUCAGGACUACACGGUGACGGCGAUCGCGAGCUUCCUCCGCAGACUCGGGGCCACGAAGCUCAGACUUAGAACUGACGGCGAGCCGAGCAUCGUCAGCAUCGCGAACGCAGUGGCGGCCAAGAGGCUCAAGAUAGACAAGUACAACGUCACGGUGGAGCAGACCCCCAGGUACUCAUCCCAGUCGCUUGGGGCAGUGGGGGCGCAACAGAAGAUCCUACAGGGCCAGACCAGGACGAUCAGGGCCGCCACCGAGAAGAUGCUGGGUAUCAAGAUCGGUCCGAGUCACGUGUUGUGGCCGUGGCUGGUCAGGCAUGUUGGUUUCAUCACGGAGAUGUUCCAUGUCAAGUCAAAUGGGAGGACACCUCAUCAAGAUGCUACAGGCACCAAGUAUCACGGAGUCAUUCUGAGGUUUGCAGAGGCCGCGAUGUUCAGACACCCCAUGUCGACGAGUGGCCACAUGACAGGAGGCAGGCGCAGCCGCAAGUCGAAGUCGAUGUGGGAGAAGGGUAUUUUCCUGGGCAAGACCUACGAGAGCGAUGAGUUCCUCAUGGGCACGAGCAGCGGGGUGCACCUGGUCAGGACGGUCCGCAGGCUCCCCGAGGAGAACCAGAGCGACCUCGAGCUCGUGGCCAAGAUGGUGGGAGUUCCCUGGGAUCGAGGCAUCGGCCAGAUCGGGAGACCGAAGGGCAAGAAGGUUGUUGUCGUCCCAGCGGUCCCGCCUGAGGAGAAGCAGGACGAGCCAGAGGUCGAGGACACCAAGCAGGACAAGAGGGUUACGGACGCCACGAUCGAAGGGGGGAUUGCUGACGACGGGCAGAGCUACAAGAGUGCAAAGAGUGGCAGCAUGGAAGACGUAGAGGUCUCCACGCCGAGGCAAGAAGGAGGUGGCAGCUCCUCGUCUCAGCAGGCUCAGCCCGCUGCUUCAACCGCCACUCCGAGAGCCAGAAAGCGGAGUGCUUCUGAAGCCGAGUCCCCUGAAGUCGAGAUGGGCACAGUUGGCGGCGUCGACGGUUUCGUGAUGGACGAGGCUGACACGGCACCCGCCAUGGACCCCGAGAUGGACAUUGACUGGCACGAGGGCGAGUACGACAUCGACCUCAUCAAGGCUGGCAAGUGCAAGGAGAUCAACACGAUGCAGGAGUUUGACGUGUUCGAAGCAGUAUCGCCUGACGAGAUAGAUUCUACGUGGACGUGGCUGUCCACCAAGUGGGUGUACCAAGAGAAGGGUGAUGAGAUCCGAUGCCGAUUCGUUGCCAGGGAGUUCAAGAGCAUGGACCCAGAGCGAGAGGGGUUGUUCACACCGGCAAGCGAGCCCACAACGGGGAGGCUCAUAGACUUCAAGGCGGUGAAGAUGAACCAACCCACGGUCAUCAUUGAUGCUGUCAAUGCCUACUUCCACGCGAUGCAGGACAGGCUAGUGGCGGUUGUGCCGCCCAAGGAGUGGAUGGAGGCAGAGGCUCUCAAGGGCAACACGACACGGACGAUGUGGAGGAUGAAGAAGAAGCUCUACGGCGAACGGGACGCGAGCAGGGGGUUCAGCGACUUCAUGACUGGUACCCUCGUGUCGGAGAUGGGGUUCGUCCAGUGCCCCGAUCAGCCGUGCUUCUAUCGCCGAGAGCGGGACUCCGUGGACCUGGAGCUCCACCAGGACGACAUCUACGCCACAGCGGGCGAUGUUGAGCUUCAGUCGUUCACGACGGAGUUGGCCAGCAAGGUCAAGAUCAAGGUGAGCAAGCUGCUGAAGGUUGGUGACAAGUACAAUCAUUUGAAAGGAGGGAGAGUGAGAGUACAUGAUGGCAUGGUUUUGACUGGCAAUAGGAAGUACGCUGACAAGAUCGUCGAGCUGUUGAACUUGGGAAGGGCCAAGAGCUCGCCCACUCCCAUCGUGGCGAAGCUGCUGGAGGACGAUCUCAAGGAGCCGUUGGACGCUGAUGACGCCACGCUCUACAGGCAGUGCGUGGGCAUCGCAAGGUACAUGAUCAACUACAUCACGGAAGCCACGUUCGCAGUGCACGUUUUGAGUAAGAGGAUGUCGAAGCCCACCGUCAAUGACAUGAAGAGGCUGAAGCACUUGGGCAGGUAUCUACUUGGAGUUCGUGACUACGGGCUGUUCUUCCCCAAAGAGGGUGAGGUGGAUAUCCUGGAGUGCUACACCGACUCGGACUGGGCUGGAGACACCGUCGACAGGAAGAGCGUAUCAUGUGGAGUGUUGAGCUGUGGGGGCUGCACGCUCCUAGAGUACUCGCGCGGCCAGUGCACGCAGGCGCUGAGCUCAGCCGAGGCGGAGUACUACGCGGCGGUGACGGUGGCAGCCGAGGCGAUUCACCUCCAGAGCGUGAUGAAGUUUCUAGACAUGGACGUGAAGAUCAGGGUCAGGAUGGAUUCGAGUGCAGGGAAGGCGAUCUGCCACCGCAUCGGGGUUGGCAGGAUACGCCACCUGGAGGUCCGCACCUUGUGGCUUCAGGCGAAGGUGCGGGACAAGAAGCUGGCGGUGGUCAAGCAGGCUGGGGAGACCAACCUGGCCGACAUCGGCACCAAGGCGCUGGCGAGCCAGAGGUUCCACUGGCUGCGGGGGCAGCUGGGGCGACGCCCGCUGGAGGGCGCAGACGAGAUCGAGGAGAGCACCGCGAUCCGAGUCAAUUUCGUGAGCGACACGACGUCCAAGAUGGCGAAGGUCGGAGCGGCCUUGAUAGCCCUCAUGGACAGCCUGGGCUCGGUGAAGGCAGACGGUGAGUGCGACGUCUACAGCUACGAGACGGACAAGAAGGAGAUCAUCCUGAAGGACACGCGCCUGGGCACGGGCGUGCACCUCGAGGGCAUGGUGCUCAUCGGGGUGGCGAUCCUCGUGGCAAUCCUGUUCUGCGUGGCAGGUUGCUGUGCAGGCUGGUGUGUGGGCUACUUCGUGAGGCCCACCGACGCGAGGGAGAGUGAGAUGAAGAUGGUCCAGGACGUGGCUCCAAAGAGAGCCGCUAAGGCCAAGAGGGAGAAGGUCGAGAGGAGAACGAUCUCGACUCAGAGCCAGGUGACAUAUUCCUGGCACAAGACCACACCGAGGUUCGUUCCGCUAGGAGAGUGGUCCCAGGGUGCCUGGGCAGAGUGA